AGGGGCGGAGGCGGGAGAGGCGAGCUCGCCAUGAGUGGUCUUGGCAGACUGUUCGGGAGGGGGAAGGAGGAGAAGGGGCCAACCCCUGAAGCAGCAAUACAGCAACUGAAGGAGACAGAAAAGAUACUGAUCAAGAAACAGGAGUUUCUGGAGCAGAAGAUUCAACAGGAGCUACAAAUGGCCAAGAAGCAUGGGGCCAAGAAUAAGAGAGCCGCCCUGCAGGCUUUGCGGAGGAAGAAAAGAUUGGAACAGCAGCUGGCACAAACUGACGGGACAUUAUCUACCCUGGAGCUUCAGCGUGAGGCCCUUGAGAAUGCUACCAGCAAUGCAGAAGUGCUUCGUACCAUGGAGCUUGCUGCCCGAGGCAUGAAGAAGGCCUACCAGGACAUGGACAUUGACAAGGUGGAUGAACUGAUUGCUGACAUCACAGAACAACAGGAGGUGGCCCAGCAGAUUGAAGAUGCCAUUUCUCAGCCUAUGGGCUUUGGAGAUGAUGUGGAUGAGGAUGAACUGUUGGAGGAACUAGAGGAGCUGGAGCAGGAGGAAUUGGCCCGGGAGUUGUUAAUUGUGGGAGACAAGAAAGAAGAACCUCCAAUCAGAUUGCCUAGUGUACCCAGUACACGUCUGCCUGCAGGGCCAGCUUCCAAAGUGGAUGAAGACGAAGAUGCACUAAAGCAGUUGACUGAGUCGGUAUCCUGAUGAGUCUGGGCUCGUCUUUCUUAUGCUGCCUCUGUUGAUCACUUUUCCUUAAGUGCCAAGUGCUGAGCAAAAGGAGCAUAGAUUUUUUGGGAGGUCCUGCUGAGGGUGGUUAGUGUAACCAUGCCUGAGCAAGGCAUCUAUUGCCCUCCCAUCCUUGGCUCAACUCUGAAGGAUCUUGCUGCUUAUGGAGCCCCGGGCUCCCUUCUCUUUGAAAGCAGUUACUGUGU